AUGUUACGUAUACUAUUUUUUGGUAUGCUUGUAUUAUGCUGUAUUAUUGAGACUCAAGAUGCCGUAUUUACAAAUGGUCGUUCAUUACAAGAAGUUAUUGAUGAAACAAUUAAUAAAGCUAUGGCGAAAAUGUCAAAAAAAUUACAAUCUAAAUUAGAUGUAUUAAAAGAUAGUAAAAAUGCAAUGAGAUUAUGGAAAAUGUAUAAAAAAUAUUAUAAAAAAAAUUAUUCAACACCGGAAGAAGAAAAAGAACGUUUGGGAAAAUUUAUUGAUAAUUUAAAGAUAAUUAUACAAGAAAAUUUAAAUUUUGAUAAAGGUUUCAAAUCAUUUAAAUUAAAUUUAAAUCAAUUUGGUGAUAUGAGCUUAGAUGAAUUUCGUCAAAAAUUAACUGGUUUAAAUCCGGAUGGUCAAGGUGAAAAACCACCUGGGGAAAUUAUUGAACAAGAAACAAAUCAACGUAUUCGACGUUUUCUAAUGGACUCAAUACAAAAGAAAAUUAAAAAGAAAAUUAAAGACAAAUUAAUGCCAGGAAGGAAACCUAGUAGUGGUUCAGGAACAUAUUAUCAGCCAGGAUACUAUCCACCAGCAUAUUAUCCAUCAGUUCAACGUACAGUUACUAGACGACCAACAAGUGGUCUUGCAACAAAAGCAACUGUUGAUUAUCGACCAUACAUGAAUCCAAUAGAAAAUCAAGGCCGUUGUGGAGCAUGUUAUGCCUUUGCUGUUACAGCAGCUAUCGAAGGUACACAUGCAUUAAAAACAGGUAGAAAAGUUAAAUUAUCAAAACAACAAUUAGUUGAUUGUUCACCAAACAAUGGUUGUUCAGGUGGUUAUUUGGGUACUACAUAUGAUUAUAUAAAACAACGUGGUGGUCUUCAACCUGACACAUCUUAUCCAUAUGUUAGUUCUCGACGAAUGUGUAGUUUAAGAUCAACAAAAGUUGGAGCUAUAAGAGGUUAUGGAAAUACACAACGCGGUGAUGAAGAAGCUAUGAAACAAGCAUUAAGUACUUAUGGACCAUUAGCUGGAGCUAUACAUACAACAUCAGAUUUACAAUUUUAUGGUGGAGCAAAAGGUGGACGUGGAUCAGAUAUAAUUGAUAUACCAAAUUGUUCCAAACAGGUUGAUCAUGCUAUUGCUAUUGUUGGAUAUGGAACAGAAAAUGGAAAAGAUUAUUGGUUGGUCCGAAAUUCAUGGGGUUCCAGUUGGGGUUUAGAUGGUUAUUUUAAAAUAGCACGUAAUAAGAAUAGCAUGUGUGGAAUCGGAACAUAUGGUUAUUAUGCCAUGGUUUAG